GCACGGACUAAUAUAAUAUCUUAGUCCGUGGUAGCUUAUCACCCGGAUCGCGAUGAUAAUACGACUUGUAAACACAACAACCACGAACUAAGGUCUAUCUUGACAACAACGGACGGCGCUGAUAGGACUUGGGCAGGUACUACAACUACUACUACUACUACUACUACUUGGCAGGUUAGUGGACAGUGGUUACUGUAGUAGGUUGUAGUAGCCUGUAGGAACGACGACUGCGUAUGUCGAUUAUUGUUAUGUAGUAUGUAGGUGUUUAGGUGUUUGCCCGUAGGCAUAAGAAUAAUAAUCAUUAUAGUAAUAAUGUGAAUUAUUUAGUUUUCCUAGUCAUACGUUUUGUUUUCGUCACCGUUCAGAUGCCUAUGAUUAAUUACCUUUGAUCCAGCCACACGAUGCCCUUAGGACACGCCGUGGUCGUUUGGGAAUGGGAAAACCGGAACGGCCGAUGGAAACCUCACAGCCCCGAGGUGGCACAAUUGCUCGAAAGGGCUCAUUUCAAGAAGUUGACCAGGGUGAUACUAAGAGACGCCGACCCGAACAUGGAGUCUUCGUUUGUCAAUUUGCGUACGAUGUACCAGUGUUCUGAAGAAAACGAAGGUGCACUUUUGGCCGUACGCAGAUCUUACUAUCCGGCCAAUGCAUUGCCUGGCAAAGGAGCCAGAUGGGAAUGGGCUGGUGAUGUACCUGGAGAGUGGCAUACAUAUGACAUGGAAUCCCAAUGUUUCUUAGAAACAGCUUGGUCAAUGGGCUGCCAAGUUAUAGAUGUAAGCCGGACAUAUUUAGGUUUUCCGUAUACAAUUAAUUUUUGUAAUUUAACCCAAGUACGGAAUGACAGUGGAUAUAAACGUAAUAUUAGACGUGUGAACCAAGCACCAUACCCACUAGUUAAAAUACAAUCAGAUGAAGUUAUUCAAUUUAAUGAUAGGGCAGUUGUAGACACUAUAAGAAAUUUAUCAUCAAAAAAUGAAACUAUUAGAAAAUCCAGUUCAGAAUAUAUAGAUACAAUAACUAAAAAACAACUACAUUAUAAAAAAAACAAACAAGUAGUUCAUGAUGGCCAUCAUAGCGGAACUAAUAUAGCUCGCACCUUAUUAAGUAUUUUUGCUAAUAAGAAUCCUUCGUCACUGUCUAGAGAAGCUCAAUGGCCAAUAGGAACCACAGCAACUAAAAGCUGUAGUGAAUCAAUUAAAUCAGAUUCAUCUAUAAUUGAUUUAGACUCAAGUAGCAUUCGCAGUGGUAGACGUCCUAGUGUUGAUACUAUUUCAACUUAUUUAAGCCAUGACAGUCAUGAACUUCGCACAUCACGAUAUGAUCUCUUGGAUUAUUCUGGUGGCAGUAUUGGAAGUGAUGAUGCUUUUGAAUGUCAACAGAAAUCAGACAAUUGCAGAAAUCAAUCAGUUAUUGGAGUGAAUUCAGUAAGUGAGAAAUUAUCUUGCUAUGUUCAAAUAGUGGAUGACUUUUGGCCAGGACUUGACAUGUUAUGUCCAUUUUGUCAAGAUCCACUUAUCUCAUCAAAUAAAUCUAACAAAAGCCUAGUUAUAGCUUUGAGUAUAUGUCAACAUCGAAUGCAUCUCACUUGUCUAAACUCAAUUUUAAACAAUCAACCUUAUUCUAAUCAGUGGAUGUAUAUUCAAUGUCCAAUCUGUAUGAAAGUCUAUGGAGAAAAAAGAGGUAACCAACCACCAGGUGCUAUGAAGUGGACCUAUUUAAAUAGGUCGUUACCUGGGUAUGGUAGUACAAGAACUAUUCAAAUCACAUAUGAAAUAUCAUCUGGGAUUCAAGGUGAAGAACAUCCACAUCCGGGCCAUCCAUACUAUGCUCUAGGUUUUCCAAGAAUUUGUUAUUUGCCAGACACAGAAAAAGGAAGGCGUGUAUUAUCAUUACUGAGUAAAGCUUUUGAAAGGCGACUGGUAUUUACAGUUAGACUUUCAAUAACAACUGGUAAUGAAGAUGUUGUUGCAUGGAAUGGUAUCAUGCACAAGACAGACUUUGACACCAGAAUGCAUCAUGGAUUUUUAGAUGAAUGUAUCGAACAAUUAUCAGCACAUGGCGUUGUUUGAGUAAUUUUCUGGAUAUAAAUUAGGUACUAAUUCUCUUUUAUUUUCAAACUAUUUAUUAAUAACAUUUGUAAUCGUUAAAUUACAAUCUAGUUCUUAUAUAUAACCGUUAUAGAUAUAAAACAUCUAUUCUUACCCUAAAAUGUAAAAUAGCAAUAUUAUGGUUUAAUUUUUUUAUUUAAAUUGUACGUAGGUAUCCAGACGCUGUUAAAGUUUGAGAAACCGCUGCUAUAGAGUAUUACAAGUUAUUUAUUUGUUUAUGCAGAAUUGGUUGAUAAUACCCCCUCCUUCCUAAACAAUGGCCACACAAGUUUAUAAGGUGUAUUAUAUCGAAAAAAAUUACUUUAUGGGGAUAACUCAAGUUUUGUAGAAUUUUCAGAUUUUGAUGACUAUUUUUUAUCUGAAAGAAGAAUACUUUCUACAGCCUGCAUCAAUCUCUGAUUUUGUAUUUUCUUUCAAAUAAUUGUAUUAAAAAAUUUGUAAAAAAAAUGCUUUUUAUCUUGUAUUCUUUUUGACAUAUUAUAAAAUUUGAAAAUAAAAUAUUGAAAAACAGAGAUUGAUGUGGUAUCAAGAAUAUUUCCCAAUAGCAAUUUAAAAAAAAAACUGAAAUUUGGUUGAUUCUACAAGGCGGUAUCGUUAUUCCGCAGACUGUAUUUUUGAGGACAAAAUGGCAUCGGCGCCUGAACUAUUAUUUUUAAAUAAUAUAAUAUUAUAAACAAGAUAAAUAAUUGACAACACUAUUUUUGUUACUGAAGUGUUCUCAAAUAUAUGAAAAUGUAUACUUAAAUUGUGUAUGAUCUCUUUUAUUCUCUAGAUAAUCAUAAAAUUGUGUUUCUAUGGUGUUUCUAAACUAAAAUAAUCGAAAUUCUUCAGAUCUAUCACAACUUUUAAAUUAGGAUUAUACUAAUGUAAAAAUAUUAUAUGUGUUCAAAGAAAUCAAUUUCUUAUAUUUUCCUACUUAUACUUAAAUUAUGGUGAUAUUACCAGUAAGUUGGUUGUUGAUACUUGAUAGGUAAUUUAUAUAAUAUAUUAUAAUAGAUAAUUUUAUAUUUAUUAAGGUUUAUUAAAAAAAUUGUACAAUUGUAAAUAUCUACAUAUUGUCUAAAAAUGUACAAAUAUAUUUAGUGCAAUUUUUAUAUAACAUAUCCAAAAUAGUAUUAAUACAUUUGCUGCAAUAUUUGGAUGUGCCUAAAUCAAGCCUUUUUUAAUAGUGGUACACCACUUUAAUGUGUUACUGAAAUAAUUUUAUUUUGACAAAAAAUAAUUUUAUAUCAUUGUGACACUGUAAGUAAUUACAUAAAUGUAUAAACAAAAAUUGUUACUAAUCUUCAUUAAAGAACACCAAUUUUUAAUUCAGCAAAUAUGUUAAUAAUCAUAUUAAUCAGAAAAAUUUAUUUGUUGUUAAUAUAUAAGAAGUUUUAAAUCAAAUUAUUUUUAAUACUUAUAUUUAUACAAAUUAAGUAAGAAUAGCCAUAUUUUAUAUUUAUUUAUUUUUUAUAUUAUAUAUUUUUAUAACCA